ACUGAUUAGAAAACAGAGCGAAAGUCACCCACCUUCCCUUUAAGAGCUUGUCCCUUUAAGAAACUUCACCUGGACACACCUGAAGUUCUACUACAGAAGUUUCAUUUCAAAACAGGAAGAGAAACAUCCAAGAAAAUAGAAAAUCAGGGUGCAGGUAAGAUGGACAAAGGCCCUCCUGCGACCGCAGCAGUGCCCCAGACCCCUGAGUGGGUUGCAGAUGUAGAUAAUUUAACAAAGACGAAAAGCAGCACUGAGAAACCAGAGGAGGAUAUUGUCAAAUCUGCAGAUAUGGAGCCCAGUACCUUACAAUGGCCUGAGAAGAAACCUGAACCACAGAGCGCAGGCAAGGAUGGAGAGAGUGCCAGUCUGAGAUCUGAUUGCACCUCACUUCAAGGCGGAGUGAGCCGGACGGAGAGUGAAAGGGAGGAGUUUAAAGAGAAGCAGAAGGUAGAUAAGGGAUGCAUGGAUUCAGGGGAAAAGAGGGUUUCAGAGUUGGAGCUGAGGAAUGGAGUGAAAAGUGCCUCUUACACCGAGAUAGAGGUGGAAGAGGAGAACAUUAUGCCAGAUAAGGCUGCCAAAGUGUUUAACGUCAACGUCCUGCGUUCCACCAGCCAGCCCGAGUAUCCUCGGGACAGAACAUAUGAUUGGAGAGAUGGUGAAGAAGAGAAAUUUCUGGAUACGCACACUAACCAUGGAACACCUGUGGAUGAUUAUUACCCUGACUGGCCCGUUGAACGCAAACUACGCUGCUGUAGCUAUGGUGGAUCUAGUCGUGAUGCCCUAAAACUGGGUGCGUCUAUGUUCACCUCAGCUUUGAUCUUCCCUAUGUUGGUGUGGGGUGGGUACGUCUUUCUGCCAUUUGAUGCACCUCCACUCGACAGCGCUCCCUUGCGGCUGGUUUACACACUGCGCUGCUCUGUUUUUGCAGUCAUCCCUAUCGUGCUUGGUGUGUUGGUGCUAGGUGUGUCACGUCUAUGGUAUCGCUCGUUGAAGCCACGAUUUGAGGGGGAGAUGGAAGUCAAGCAGGUUGCCGUUCACCAGCGCUAUGUGGAGGAUUCCAUCUCCCUCUUUCUCCUUUAUUUUCUUCAGCUGGCUGUCAUGGCUGCUUACCUGAAUCAGGAUCUGCUUAAACUGGUUCCUCUUCUGACCAUCGUCUUUGCCCUUGGCAGAUUGCUUUACUGGAUCGCAGCAGCGUGUGAGAGCAGCGUGAGAGGCGUUGGCUUCGGGUUCUCUUUCCUUCCAAUGCUGGUUAUGCUUGUGGCAAAUCUCUACUUCAUUUUCCUCUCAGAUUCUGGAGGUUCUAUCUUCGCACCCGACAUUCCAGAACCACAAGUUCCUUCUGUAAAGCAGAGGUUCUGGGGCUAAACCAGCCAUGAUAGACUUCUCUUGGCAAAUGCCCAGAUAUAACCCUGAAUAUAUAGACACUCGAAGCCAGUUAAAUAUGCAUUGGACAAUUACUGCGUGAAAAUGUUUAAUCAAACUGUGAUUUUUCUUCCUCAUUUCUAUUCUUGAGUACUUUUAUAUAAUGACCAGGUGGGUUUUGCUUUUGCCAGAACACCAGUCAAACUGCCAAGGAGAAGAGAAGAACAGCGAGGCGAGGGAGGAAUAAUGAGGGAGGAAGUGUGGAUCUCUUUUCGGAAUAAACGUAUAAAUAGAACUGAAAACUUUAGAUAUUAAGCUGCAGUUAAUUAGGCUGAAGUACGAUAGAUGUACUAUAGUUAAGCCAACAACAAAUACAAAGCAGAUGCAGGAUCAGCUUUUUAAUAACUCGAAAUGCACUAGUUUCAACUUUUCAACCACUUUAUGAGACUGUAAAUAUCUCAAAAUGAAACUUUCAGAUAUUUAUUCCUCAAAUAUGUAUUUUGUAUGCUCAAAAAUGGGUAAGCUUUAUGCAAUGUUUGCUUAUUCAAACCGCCCAAGUAUUGUGUUGUUUGCCUGCCUGAGCUUGUAAUUUUCUACGGCUGCUCCUUUAUUUUCAUUUAGUCAUUUAAGGGUAGUGUGCCGAUAACAAUGUGCAAAGUGUAGAAAUAAACUUUUAAUAUAUUUGUAAAACAAA